CCGUGUGGUAAUCCAUAUUGUGAAUUUGUCGAGUUUCCUUGUGGUGAUACUCAUUCUAAUGAAUAUCGUAUGCCGAGUUCUGUGCGCAGUCGAUUUAAUCUAAAUGGUUUAUGCUGUACGACGCUUUACAAACACAGUCUUCCAAUACUAUCGGUAAACUUCACAUUAACAUGCUGGCAACGUACUUGCACAGUGACAGCUUCAUAAAAAUAACAACCUUAUCUGCGGAUCGUAACCACAGUAGUCGAAUCGAGUGCAAGUAAUAUAAUAUGACGCCUGUACCGUGCAGUACACUUUAGCCAUCGGCACAGAAUCGAGGUAAAUUUUCCGGUCCGGAAGAACUGAAUUGUUGAUUCAACCUUGAUUGCGUCGUUAUGGAGUACAACAUUUCCAAGAGUGAUGGAUACUUACAACAAAAAUGGGAUAACUUUUUGGACAUAGUCGAGUGUAGGUUUCACAACGGUUACCUUUUGUUCACACUGAACAAACUGGCAGAAGUACAGCAGUAACUCUUGUGCUAGCUUUACAGCUGCGGGGAGACGAUCAUGAACGGCUUUACUUAUGGGUUCAGACGUUAUACGCGCACUCCUUUUUCUGGCUGGCGGGUUUUAUUUUCAUUCUGAUGGAUACCACUGGGCGACCGAAAUUUCUCCGGAAGUACAAAACUCAACCGGGUACGAAUGAACCACUGAAAUGGAGCGAUAUGAAAAAGCUAAUAAAAACUGUUCUGAUAAAUCAGUUCAUAGUAGGUUUCCCGCUGAGCUACGCUCUGUUCCAUCUAGCCGGCAGGGAGGGCUACCCAGAUGUUCGAAUCCUACCAUCUGCCUAUGAAGUCGUUCGUGAUUUUUUGAUUUGUCUUGUUCUACGCGAAAUCGGUUUUUACUACAGCCAUAGACUAUUGCAUCACAAAUUCCUGUAUAAGAUCAUUCAUAAAAAGCACCACGAAUUUACCGCACCGGUAGCUUGGGCCGCCGUCUACGCGCAUCCAAUUGAGCAUAUUUUCAGCAACAUGAUUCCUCCUAUGCUGGGAAUCGGGCUGAUGAAGAGUCAUUUCGUGACGUCACUCAUAUGGUUUACGCACAUCCUUUACGAUACCCUGAUAACUCACUCAGGAUAUCAUUUGCCGCUGGUGUGCAGCAGCGAACGGCACGAUUACCACCAUUUAAAGUUUAACCAGUGCUAUGGCGGCUAUGGCUUUCUGGACUGGCUACACGGCACCGACGCCCAGUACCGUGGGUCUAAAAACUAUCAACGCGAUCGGCGGCUCUGGGGGCUCAGGUCGGCUCGGGAGCUUGUACCAGAUAAAGACUGAACGAAUUGAAAGGAUUCAUAUUAUAUACAACAUGGUUUAUGAACUGCAACUAGACGUAACUGCGGAAACAUUGGAUUCCAGGAUGCUGUCUUGUAAUGCAAUAUAAUAAAGUUCAAAAGGGUUAGAAACCUCUCAGGUUGAUAAGAUCGCAUACAAUAACUUUAUUCUAUACAAAAAUUUAAUUCUGCUCAUUCGUUCGACAUUUGGUGGUGGCGGGCAACCAACCAAUUUUAUAGAAGCAUUUUUCGGUGGAAUUACACCAGUCAACUAUGAACUGUGCAAUUGUUAAUUUAUGAGUGGACACAAAGUGUUCGUAGCCGCAAUGUACAAAGCAAACGACCACAAGGGAGUUAAAGGUCAAUGAACAAUAUGUAUUUAUCUCUGUACCAACAAAUUCUACACGAUAAAGCCAUUAAUAUACACACGCUGCAGUCUCUGCUGCCGAAUGAAUUUAGCUUGUGAAGGUUUUAGUGAGGUUAUCUUCAUAUGGGCGAAAAAAGAUUAGGACACAUUUUUUCCCAUUUUGAUAACUGCAUCGUAAAUCAAAAUGUACUUGAAAAAGCUAAUCGAAAUCGUAUUUUUUAUCUGUUGAUAGUUGGAACUUAUUUUCAAAGCUUUAAAUUCUAGUUUCGCAAAAAUGAUUGAACGAAAGAUUUUAAUCUCUCGAAAACAUGUUAGGCUUUUCAGUAAUGGGUCACUACAAUACAAAACAAUUGUUAAACUAGCAUACAGCCAAAUGUCCACUAUGGAUUUUAUCAGGCAGGUUUAGAAAAAAAUCUCUAAUAUGCGUAUUUAGAGAAAUACUCUCUAAUGUGACAAUUUACAAGACCAUGGAGAACUCUACAGUGUGUCUUGUACAUGUCCUCUACAAUCUAUCAAAUAUGCUAGAUGAAGAAUUCUUUCUACUGUAGAGAAAUUAAAAUAAAGAGCAUGUACAUCAAGAAUAUGCAAACUGAAUAAAUAAAACAGUAUCAACGCAUAAAUGUUCGAGCAGAUAAAACCGAGUGCAUCUGGAAGUUUGAUGUUACGCCAGCCUAAUGUUCAUAGUUACGUGAAAUAAGUUCAAUAUAUGUUUUUGAAUAUUGGUGGUUGUAAAAAUGGUGAUUGGGUGCACUGCAAAGCAAAUAUGCUCAAAAACUGUGGAAAUUUUUUUAUAAAAUAAAAAAAAAAUUAAACUCAAAUUUCUUGUUUCGUUUCAAAAUACUGCUGAAAAGUAUCAUCAUUUGAAAAUAAAAUAGACCCGAUUUUGGGGAUUUCGUUUUAGGAAUUAUGACUUCACAGAUAGGUAUGUUUACCUUUAUUCAACAAGAAGUUUAUUUUCUGAGAGACAUCCUUGUUGUAAAAAAAACUCUGCAAAAUCUGAAGCGCGACGGUUUCAACGGUCCGUUUCACUGAAAUAGUAAUUCAGCCACAGAUUUGCUCGAUUAUAUAUAAACUCAAUUAUAUACACACUCGAUUACCUAUAUGAUUCCAUAAAAUACAAUUUUUGACUGAUUUAAACAGAGCUUGAUCUUUUCAUUUCAAAUAUGACUUAUCUGGAACUAAAAUGCCGUAAGGGAACAUAUAUUAAAUAAGUAACGCUUAGGGUCUGUCUGAUAAAGCGUUCCACAAAAGGAGAGGGCGUCGAAAAUGUUUUUUUUCGCUACGUAGGAAACGGACAUCUCUAAUUGAUUCAUUAAUCAGAAAAUAAAAAAAAUUUAAUAAAAAAAUUAAAAGAAAAAAAAACAAGUUGACGUUUAGGUGUAAGAGUAAACAAAUCAAUUCAUACAACACAACAUACACGAUAACGACCAAAAGUUUUCUUUACGUUUGACUGCAAUUGAAUCUAAAAUAACUAGGGUAGCGAACGGCUUCGGCAGUGGUCGACCCGACGGGAACGGGUCAGGUUCGGGUUUAAAAACCAUCUCUAUUUCUGUGGUAUUUUGGUCAAACCCCCGUCGCCUGCGGUUUUAAUCCCGUGAUCUCAUUUCGCCAAAAACGUACUUUUUUCACCAUAACAUGUACAGAAAACUAUUUUGUGAUUAUACAUUCAGUAUACUCUACAUUUCGAUGAAAACAAAUCUGUUAAGAACUAGGUACUGUUGUAAUUUCUGAUCAAACAUAACAAAAACAUGUUUUAUACGAAGUAAAGUUGAUUAAUAGAUGCGACUGAAACACUG